AUGGAGCACAAAUUCUUAAUCCGGGAACCGACUGACAUUUUGUCGCUGGUUGAUCUGCUGAAGGCAUGCGAACCAGCUUCUCAGCAUAUUAUUAAAGCUGCUGUAUUCCUGUGUUUAGAAUUACUAAUAGAAUUGCUCAGCGUCCUUGCCAGUUACAGUAUCGAAGUGCGAGACAUGAAAUGUAUUCUUCGUGCGUUGCAGGCUCGCAACGGCAGAUGGGCUCGACAUUCUUCCAAAUUGCUUCAGGUGCUGCAGCAAGUGCUUCGAAAGGACGGGCCUGACGUAUUCUUCAGUUUUUCCGGAGGCAAUCAUAACGGGAUACAAAUUCCGCCCCUAAAUCGCUGGUCCAGCAACGCCGGAUGGACAUUCAGCGUCUGGGUUCGAAUGGAUCCCAUAAAUUCAGGAAAUUUCGAAGGGGAGACGCCACAUUUGUUUUAUUUUGGUACCCCCAAUUUCAAUUACGCUUGCUACUUCGUGGGAAACUUUCUCGUCCUGUCAGCAGUGAAAGGCAAAAGCUCACAGGGCGUUCAGCGAUGCAUCAAAUACGAAAUACAGCAGCGCAAAUGGCAGCAUGUCGUACUGGUGUACGUGUUUAGUCGGUGGGGCCGUAACGAGGUCCAGUGCUACAUCGACGGCCAACUUGUUUCUACUCUUGACCUCAACUGGCCAGUCAAUAACAGUGAGCACUUCGAUCGUUGCUUCAUCGGAUGUAGCGCCGAUGUUGAACACCGAAACACGUUCAGUGGCCAGAUGGGAGCCGUUUAUCUGUUCUCCGAGUCGCUGAAUCUUCAACAAAUUAACAGCCUGUACUGUCUCGGCGCAGGCUACCAAAGCUGUUUCAAAUUCAGAAACGAAGUGGACAUUCCGGCUGGCUACGUGAAGUAUUUAUUCGACGGGAAACUGGCCAGUUUGUUGGUGUUUGCCUACUGUCCCAAAAACUGUGAUCGGCAAUUGUGCUUGAACUCGAUCUCUCGCGAAAACCAAUGCCAUUUUAUGCAUACACCACAUGCGCUAAUGAUGGAAGGCGUAAAAGUCGUCACCACCCAUUCUAUUCACAGUACCUUGCAUUCGGUCGGCGGUGCGCAGAUGCUGUUGCCAUUGUUCAAUCAGCUGGACUUGCCUCAGGAACGGGCAUGUGGCAGCACUUUCGUCGAUCAUUCCAUUUGGUAG